AUGGCGGAGACGGAUGGGGCCGCGCUGAAGCAGCUCCAAGCAACGUGCUCCGCGCUCAAAGAGGAGAUGACGGCAAUGUAUGAACAGCGAAGGGGAAGGAGCUCCGAUGAGGGGCGUCUGAAGCAGCGACGCUGGCGUGUGUUGCUCCUUCUGAGCGCUAUGAAGAGCGGACUGCGGGACACCUUUUUGGAGGCGGAUGCUCGCCGUACACGCGUCCAGGAGCAGAAGGACGUGGCGGAAGCGCAUCAGCUGCAGCUACAGAACUUACUAUACGAGAAAGAUCAUCUGUUGCGUGAAAUCCGACGCUGUAGAGGCUUCAGUACCAAGGAAAUGGACAAGAUCGAGUUCGCAGAUGGCCCUCUCCCCAUUAAAGUGGACCCGGACGUGCAUCGUCAGCAUCUAGACCAACUCACACAAGAACUACACGCUCGUAAAAGUCUCCAGACGGAACUAAAGGAGCUUAAGCUCAAAAUUACCAAGGUAGAAGACGCCACAGAGACCAAACAGGCCUUCUUGAACGCUCUACCCGACCAUUUAGCGGGUAUUGAAGCUGCCACCACUGGACUACAGAAAUACAUGGGAGAACCCGUCACCGCGCAACGUAAUCGACACCACGCAGCGGGGACAGAGCUGUCGACGCCACUGUAUGCGCUCUACUGCGAGCUGGAAGCCUAUCAAACGGCAAGUGGGGAUGCCGGCAAGCGACUGCAGCUUGAGAUCGUGGACUCGAUCGGUGUUAAACACACUGGCGCGUACCGUAAGCGUGGCUUUCCUACAGCUUUAGAGCGACAGGAACACGCGUCAACGAAGAGACUGAAGGCUCCGUCCCGCUCUCCUUCUGCAAGUUUGAAUGGAGCUACGCCACCUCACAGUCGUGCGCCGUCUCGCUCCCCGUCCGUCAAACGUGUAGCGGACUCGUCAUCUCAAGAGCCAGAGAGUGGGGAGAUCGUGGCUGCACACACAGCUGAGAAGCUACUGCAGCUGCGUCCUCAUGAAGAAGAGACCAAGGAAGAGACCAAGGACCAGGACGAGAACUCGGAAGCUGCGACCUCUCAAAAAUUAUGGAACCCCCAUGCGAGGGCGUUGCAGUUAACCAUAUCAGUUACAGUUCCAAUGGAUACCGAUAAGAACGGGACGACUACCAAGACGGUCUCGGGGUCGUUCACUGUCAUGUUCCAGUACUUCCCUGUAGCCAAAAUGGUCACUGCGGAGGUCGUCAAGACAGCUCCUGCUGGCUUUUACCCCGGCAGUCAACGCUGCAUGUUGACGAAUCUUUUCCCAGGCGACGAUGGCCUCACUGUGCCUCAAGUGGCUGUUAACUAUACUUUUCAAGAAGACAGCGACGAACGGACAGAGGUGGAGUUCCCAGCGAGUGCUGCAUGUCGUCCGUACUAUUGGACGCAGUGGAUCUGCGGUCUAAACCCCAUGAAGCGUCCAGACGUGGACGCUAUUGACGAGACGCCUCGUCGACCCGAGCCAUCGGUUCGUAACGUUAUGAACCAACUGGUUAACCGUUUCGUGGCUACAGUAGUACUGAAGAAACAGCUGGAUCAGCUAACCAAGUCACGACCGGAAGAUGAAGGCGUGAGUUUCGUGCACCCAUUGGCGCGUCACCUCUUCCCACACGAGGUGAAGUCGCAUCUUGAGGAGUGGAAGGAGGUCCCGACGCCGACACAAGAUAUGUUCCAUCUCUUCAACGAGAGUGCAACGCUGUCCACUCGUCCACGUGCGCAGUUCCAUCUGUCUACAAGUGACUGUCGCUACUUCCGUGUCGGCGUUAAGAACGGCCACGCGAAGGUCUCUGCUAUUGUCGAGAUCUCACCGGAGUAUCCUGUACGUGCCCCACGCUUCCUGUUCCAACCUCGAUUGACUACGAUCAGUAAGGCGAUGGACAAGGAUCAACUUCCUGUCUACGAGAACCAACUCAAGGAAGUUGAAGUCGAAGUUAACGCCUAUUACGACGAGUUGAUCCCUAAGGGCAGCGAGCAUUUCCUGCUUCUACAUCAACUCCGGAAGAUCGAAAUGUGCUUCGACGUGCUGUGUAAUGCUGCAGCUGAUGGCAACGCAGACGUGUCGCUGUGUUUCGGUCGUGAACGUCGCGGUAAGGACCGUCGUCAAGCAAUGGUUAUGGACACGGCCGCCAAGGAACUACGUCACAGAUAA